AUAUAGAAUACUAUUUUUAUUAUUAUUAUUAACCAAGAAAUAAAUUACGUCAUUCCGAUAACGGUAAAACUAAUUCAAUACAUUUCAUUGAUAAUGUCAAGAAUGAGGAUAUGUUUUUUCUAUUACUCUUAUGGAUGCUGAUGAUUUUGUGUCAUGAGACGACUGUUGUCAAAUGUGAUGAAAAAAAAAUCAUGGAAAGUAGUUAUCCAGCCACAGGUAAAGCUACUCUCAUAUGAAAUUACACCGAAAGAUGAUAUGUAUGAAUCAAAAUGCCUCCCUGAAAGAGUAGAUGACAUCAAUGUUCUCCAGCGACAACUGAUGAGUAACGAUUAUCCACACUGGAGAGAUGAAAAUUAUGAUGACUUGUGGCUGUUGAGAGAUAACAAACGUAGUUACGUAGCCCAUGCUGAGGGUGAUGAUGCUGAGCAGGCUGAGGCUGAUAGUGAAGACGAGGGGGAACAAUCGGAAAUCGAGGAAACGAAUGAAGAGCCGGAGGAAUCUCCUCCCGCUGAGGAUGAGACGGUGAAUGAAGAAACAGAGGCCGCCCCUCUUGAAUACACGGAUUACGAUGCUAGCAAGACAGAGAAAUCUGGAAACGAUGAGUAUGAGGAAGUGGACAUGGCGUCAUCACAAAACAUUGUCUGCAACUCCACUGUUCUGUUGAACAUAAUAUUUUCCAUUUCUUUGCACCUCAUUAUUACUCAAGGGUGGUGAAUUGUUUUUUCCACCUAAUAUUUUUUAUAUUUUCUCAUACUUAUGGUAGACAGAAUUUUAUGUGCUUUUGUAAUAUUAUUCCAAAUUCAAUCACAAUAUCAUAACUAACUACAACUUUUAUCAACGUUAAUUUGUAUUAAUUAUUAUUAAUAAAAAUCAAAAGACGAUGCAAUUUUUUUUUUUUUUUAAUAUUACGAAUCUAAGGAGCUGCUUUUAA